GAUAAAUAAUAUAUAUUGUGUUGAAGCUGUUUAAAUGACAAUUGUAAUAUUUACAAGGGGAACAAAAGUUAUUUAAAUAAACAGACAUGUCUUCAAAACAUUUGACUCUGGAUCACUAGUAUAGAAUAUUUAUUGUUCUUAGGUUAAUGCUGCUGUUGGAUUGGAGCUAGGUCCCAGAGGGCCUAGCAUGGGCCACUAUGAAUCCAUCUGCUGUCAGCAAGUCAAGCACUCGCGGCUCUGGAUACCAUCAAAAAGCUCUAGCUGAGAUACGCAAUUCUCUGCUUCCUUUCGCAAAUAUCGGAGGUACGGGGGAAGUAGGUUCUAGUGCCGCGAGUACAAUCUCCACUCUCUCGACGACCAGUGGUGUCAGUUCGGCAUCCGGUCUAAGUGGUCUGUCUGGUGCUUCUGGAUCUCUUGAUAAACCUGAACAACGUCAGCAGAUCGUCGGACAAAUAUCAGCCAUGGGUUAUCCAGAGGACAUUAGUCUGCGAGCCUUGAAGAUGACGGGCUGGCGUCCAGAUGCAGCAAUUGAAUUUUUGAAACAAGCUCAAGGUGAUACAUUAAAUGGUUUACAAAAGCUUAAUACAAAACUAAUAAGAAAGCCAAGUCUUGAGCGAGAGUUGAGUCUUCAGCGAGGUAGUCCAGCAUUGGACAGCGGAGCGGGAAGCUCGCGAUCAGACAGCCCGCGAUUGACAGAAUUGAGUCCGCAUCCACAGCUGAGUCGUCAGUACUCGCCAAGUAGUUUUGUUGAGCGAGAAACACCUCCACCACCACCACCGAGAUGCAGCUCAACUCCACCACCACCCCCACCGCCUCAUGCGCCUUACAGUCAACCAACUGUGCCUACAAAUAUGCAACAAAUGCUCAAACGAAUGUCCCCGGCGCCUGUUGUCCCAACGAGAGCGCCAGCAGCUGCUCCGGGGACCUCAAAUCCAGCCUCAGGAUCUGUAAAUCCUCCCCAACGUGGUACCAGUCCCGUUGCGAGCUCCAGUAAUUCCUCAAAUGGGCGACAGCCCAUGAUCGUACAAAACGGACCGCAAGUUCAACAACAGCUGUCUCAGCAGAUGCAAGCUUUAAGCAUUUAUCAAUCAAGCAAUAACAGCUCAAGUACUCAGGUCGAACCGCCACCGCCAUACCCAAUUGUUCCGUCUUCGACAGCGGGCACAGUACAGCCGCCUUCUUACAGUGCGUCGAUGCAGAAUCGCCAGAGUCCAACUCAGUCGCAGCAGGACUACCGAAAAAGUCCCUCAUCGGGUAUCUAUUCAGGGCCAACGUCUGCUGGUUCACCAAGUCCAAUAACCGUCUCGACGGUGCCACCCAGUACUCAAGGAUCAAUGGCUCGACCGACACCUCUUCAAGCAUGGGGUGCGAGGCAGGCGAAAACUCAGCCUCCCAUAAUAAUGCAGUCUGUUAAAAGUACUCAGGUCCAAAAACCAGUUCUUCAGACCGCCAUAGCACCUACCUCGCCUCAGCCCAUCUCCACGAGUAAUACACCGCCUCCACCACCUCCCUCGUACGCUACAUCCAUUCAGCAGAAACAGCAGCAACAACAACAGCAACCUCAACAACCUCCACCGCCGGCUUAUCCUCCGGUCAAUAAUCCCUCGGCUGCCGCUACACCUUCAACGAUAGGUCUGGGUGUCCCGACAACUGAACCACCGAGUUACGCGACGACCAUGCAAGCUCUCGCGGCUCAACGCAGUAUGCAUCAUCCUCUACCACCUCCGCCCUACGGUACUCCAACAGAAGACCCGAUGGCCACCGUUGAAAGUACCAGUGCGCCACGUUCUUCGCCCGUAGCACAUCAUCCGCCUCUUCAAAGAAAGUACUCACCUGUUGACGGUUGCCAGCAGCACCACACAGAAUCACCUCCGCUUCCACCGACGGCUUCUACUUCUGUCUCUGCCAGGAACAGCAAUAAUCACCCGCCCUCGCCGGACAAUUGCGCUGCCAAGGGUGGCGGUGGUCCCACAUCCCCCUACAAGAUAAAACACCAGUCGCCUAUACCUGAACGCAAGCACAUGAGCAAAGAAAAAGAAGAAGAGCGCAGAGAUUGUAAAGUGAGAAAUUACUCUCCUCAAGCGUUUAAAUUUUUCAUGGAGCAGCACGUGGAGAACGUAAUCAAGUCUCACAAGCAACGGAUAUACAGGAGGCUGCAGCUGGAAACGGAAAUGGCUAAAAUAGGACUAAGUGCCGAGGCCCAGUGUCAGAUGAGAAAAAUGCUGUCGCAAAAAGAGUCAAAUUACAUCAGAUUGAAGCGGGCUAAAAUGGACAAAAGUAUGUUUACUAAAAUAAAACCUAUUGGUGUUGGUGCAUUUGGUGAAGUGACACUUGUUAGAAAAUUAGAUACAAAUCAAUUUUACGCGAUGAAAACAUUGAGAAAAGCCGACGUACUGAAUCGUAAUCAAGUGGCUCACGUCAAAGCCGAACGAGAUAUACUAGCGGAGGCUGACAAUGAGUGGGUCGUAAAACUUUAUUAUUCAUUUCAAGACAAGGAUAAUCUUUAUUUUGUAAUGGAUUACAUACCAGGUGGUGACUUGAUGUCGCUGCUAAUAAAAUUUGGUAUUUUCAAAGAGCCACUGGCAAGGUUUUACAUCGCCGAGCUAACAUGUGCCGUUGAAAGUGUCCAUAAAAUGGGAUUUAUUCAUCGCGAUAUAAAACCGGAUAAUAUUCUUAUUGAUCGCGAUGGGCACAUUAAACUCACGGACUUUGGGCUGUGCACGGGAUUCCGCUGGACCCACAAUUCAAAGUAUUACCAGCAAAAUGGUCAUGGUAAGCAGGAUUCAAUGGACCCAGCUGAUGACUGGAACAACGAGUGUCGUUGCAUUCAAUUGAAACCUCUUGAGCGACGACGACACCGCGAACAUCAACGUUGUCUAGCACAUUCUCUAGUCGGGACGCCAAAUUAUAUCGCCCCGGAAGUAUUGCAGCGUACUGGUUACACUCAAUUAUGUGACUGGUGGAGUGUCGGUGUAAUUUUGUAUGAGAUGCUCGUCGGUUCUCCACCAUUUCUUGCCAAUACCCCUGCCGAAACACAGUACAAGGUUAUAAAUUGGGAAACAACACUACACAUACCGAAGCAAGCUAAUCUCUCGCCGGAAGGCAUGGAUUUAAUCCUGAAGCUGUGUGUGGGUGCGGACCGUCGACUCGGUAAGAAUGCGGAUGAGGUGAAGAGUCAUCCCUUCUUUGAGAGCAUUGACUUCGAGAAGGGCCUGCGUCGUCAGGUCGCGCCGCACAUACCGCGCAUACAAUAUCCGACCGACACAAGCAACUUUGACCCCGUGGAUCCAGAUAAGCUGAGGAACUCUGAGACUUCGGAUUCUAAUAAAUCGGACGAGCUGCUGGACAACGGGAAACCCUUUCACGGGUUCUUCGAGUUCACAUUUCGUCGGUUUUUUGACGACGGCGGUGGCGCACCUUAUCCUAGUCGAAUAAGUUUGGACGACAAUGACAACCAGGGCCCGGUCUAUGUAUGA